GAUAUGUUUUGAGAAAUGUUGCUUGCCUUAACUUGUAAAGAUCUUACCUCACUUUAUUCUCUCUUCAGAUCUUUCUACAAAGGUCUGUGUCACAUUGGAGCAUGACCUCAGCUCCUUAUUUACUUUCCCUGUUUGAAACAGGCUGGCUUUGCACUGUGACUUUUUCCCCCUUGUAUUAUUUUGACUCAGAGAUGCACAAGUGACCUGGCUUUUUCAAAAUGGCUCUACUAAUAGUAGUUCAACACAAGUCAUCUGCAACUUUUCAGCCUGAUCUAACCUUGCCUUCAGAUACAAUAUGGACUGUAUGGCUUCACUGAGAAGUUUUAACCAACAGAAAUAGCUCAUAAUAUUGAGGGAGUAGAAGCCAGGAAGAGGUUAAUGUCUGACUGAGGACCUUAAGUACAACUUGGUGCUGCAGAUGUGUAAAUGGAAAACGAGCUGCCAAGGAUAUCCUGGAGAAACCAACAUUUAUUCUUGCUGUUCUGCUCUUGUGGAAUUUUGGGUUGUUGAUUGUGGAUCAUAUUCACUUUCAGUACAACGGCUUUCUGUUUGGGCUGAUGCUUCUUUCUGUAGCCCGACUAUAUCAGAAGCGAUACUUGGAGGGUGCCUUUCUCUUUGCUGUGCUUCUGCAUUUCAAACACAUCUACGUGUACGUGGCCCCAGCCUAUGGCAUUUACUUGCUGCGAUCCUACUGUUUUACUGCUAAUAAUGCAGAUGGAUCCUUGAAGUGGAGAAGUUUCAGCUUUCUUCAUGUAACUCUUCUGGGAUUGAUUGUCUCUCUUGUUUCUGCUCUUUCAUUGGGCCCCUUCAUAGUGUUGGGCCAGCUGCCUCAAGUCAUCUCACGGCUGUUUCCUUUCAAGAGAGGCCUCUGCCAUGCUUAUUGGGCCCCAAACUUCUGGGCUUUGUACAAUGCCAUGGAUAAAGCACUAACAAUUUUUGGUUUGAAGUGUAAUUUUCUUGACCCCACAAAAAUUCCUAAAGCCUCAAUGACAGGAGGACUGGUUCAAGAAUUUCAGCACACUGUCCUUCCUUCUGUGACUCCACUGGCAACAUUAAUCUGUACUUUCAUAUCUAUAUUGCCCUCUGUUUUCUGUCUUUGGUUUAAACCUCAAGGGCCCAGAGGCUUUCUACAGUGCCUUGUUCUUUGUGCAUUGAGCUCCUUCAUGUUUGGCUGGCACGUGCAUGAGAAAGCAAUACUCCUUGCUAUUCUGCCUUUAAGCCUGUUGUCUGUCCAGAGAGCGAAGGAUGCUGGCAUCUACUUGAUCCUGACAACUACAGGGCAUUUCUCACUCUUUCCAUUGCUGUUCACAGCACCAGAACUUCCAAUUAAAAUACUGCUUAUGCUGCUCUUCACUGUUUAUAGCUUCUCUGCCUUGAAAUCUCUGUUCAGGAGAGAGAAGCUUCUCCUUAACUGGCUUGAAACAAUCUACCUCCUCCAACUGGUGCCUUUGGAAAUCUUCUGUGAAAUCAUAUUUCCUCUGACCACCUGGAAGAGGCAUUUUCCUUUUGCCCCCCUGUUGCUGACCUCUGUCUACUGUGCUCUGGGCAUCACAUACGCUUGGCUGAAACUCUACAUCUCUGUCUUGACUGAGAGAAUUCCUGUGAGACAAAAGGCUGAGUAAACACUGUGCUGGGACCAGGGUUUAUCCCUCUGCAGGGAUUAUCCAUCAGGGUCAGGGAUUGCCACAAGGACAUACAGCUCUUGAUAAAACACAGCAGAUGUGGAGUUUUUCCUUCCAACAGGGUCAUACAGCCCAACAAGGACACCUGAGCAGAAGUGCCCCUCACAGGAGCACAGGGCAAGGUGAGAUGCUGCUUGCUGUGGGUAAAACUGUGAAGCUGAACAAGGGCCAGGCUUCUGUCCUGAGGAAAACCAGCCUGGCUUUCCCAUUACUGUCUGUAUUGGAAUAAAAAUUGCUGUGGCAAGCGACAAGGGCUCACUGCUGUGUACAGAGAGAGCUGUGUAACUGUGUUCUGUGGAGUAUGUACAUUAAAAACUUGAAUUUUUUUGGUUUGAGCA